AUCGCGAAUAGGACCGCAAGCAGUGCCUUUCCUGCUGAAUUACGCGUCUCUACUUCUGAUUUCGAAGGUAUUCUACCUGUUUACCUAGGGUGAAUCCAAUACAGAGGACCUAUUGAAAGGUUAAAAGCGCGAAUUUUGGCAUAUAUAUGGUCCCACUCACGCUUGGGCUGAGCGCAGAAUCCCCCGCCAUCUCCAUUCGCCUCACGACUCUCCCAUGUCCCUUCCACUCAGUGCCAGGUGAUUCCUGUUUCUAGCUGGGAAGCAAUGAGUAGCUUCACCUAUUGCGUUAUUCUACGAGGUUGUAUCUUUUAAGAACUGCAGGAGAGUGGAGUGGAAUCACACGUCCAACCUGGCGAUUGCCGUUACGUACACCAUGGUGGCAACCGUGCCGCCGACACAUGCGGACAAAGAGAUGAAAUCUCAGGCGAAUGUGGUCGCCAGUGACCGGGAUGCAAUAGGAGAUGCAGAAGAAACUGACUUGCGCCGGAUGGAUCAGCAGCUCCAGGAAGCUGUUCAUAGAGCAUAUUCGGGAGAAGAAGCUGAAGAGGCUGCGGAUGAGCUCGCUGCAGAGCAUCGAACGGAUACGGGCGCCGAUGGUGAGAAUGAUGAAUCUGAACCAGUUGGUGCUGUCAAGCUCCCUGAUGGACCGGAUAUUUCUGAAGAUGAGGACGCUGCAUCUGAACAGGCCGAUGGAGAUACUGCCGACCCACUCUAUGAAAAUGAGGAUCCAAGUGACAAAGAGGAUGAAUCUGCUUCGAGCAGUCGGGGUUCCGAUGUUGCUGAAGAAGAAUGGGGAACAGAGAGCCGUCGACACGGGGACGGUGAGGCAGAUAACCCAGCCAGCGCCAAUUGCAUAUUUUGCAAUCAGGAUGAGUUGCACGAUCCAAGCGAAGAAUUUGAGGAAUACUUAAGUUGUGGCAUCUGUGGUGAUCACUCUCAUCGACAAUGUGCACAAGAGCAUGAUGCAUUAUGUGAAGAUGAAAAUGAAUGGCGAUGUCCGAACUGUACGCAGAAUAAGUCGCAAACUGGUUCUCCCCGCAAGAACAGUACAUCGCGGCGGAGAGAUACAGCAUCUCACCUGCGCAAGGAACUUCUACCGGCACACCGUGGAUUACGGCAUUCUAUUUUCAAUGAUGUGACCAUCAAUGAAGAUUUGAUUAAUAGUUCACGAUCUCUGCGAAAGAGAAAGGUUUCAGUUGAAGAAGAGGAACACCACAUUCCGGUCCUUCGAAAACGACAAAGGCGAACUCCUCUUCUCUCCGAACCGGAUGCUUCUGGGGACGUAGCGAUCGGCAACGUGGAUGGGCCUGCUGAUCCCACUGAUCCCCUGUCUCCAGUCCGGACUCGUUCUCGGCGGACUCGCAUAGCUGAGAAGGAAUAUUGUCGCGUGAUAAACAAACAGUUUGGAAGACUUGUUCUUGCGAUCCACGUUGAUGGCACCAGACUGUUGAGAAUUCUCAAGUCCUCCCGCAACAGAACGCAAAACAGGAACCGAAGGAACCCCAAACCUCCGCCAAUGGUACAAGAACCACCAGCUCAUUUUGCCCCUAUAAAUCCUGCACCAUAUGUAGCCCCGUUCGCUACUUUUCACGAUCGUGAAAGUGAUGAUUUGAAGUCGAAACCCUACGGCGGGAUACUAUCUGAAGCGGAUGCGGAUACGACCAGGACGCUUCCCACACAAAUUGACCGCGAACGAUUCGAGCAAGCUCGAAAGAAGGCCGAGGAGGAGUGGCAAGAGAAAACCAGGGAGGCCGAGAUGACUGGUGAACCGAUGCAGCGAGCGGCACAGAAGGUCUCAGGCCCACCGUCCAAAAUUAAAUACAUCAGUUUUGGAGGGUAUGAGAUCGAGACAUGGUAUGCUGCUCCGUAUCCUGAAGAGUAUAGUCGUAACCGCGUGCUUUACAUCUGCGAGUUCUGUUUGAAGUACAUGAACUCUGAUUUUGUCGCAUGGCGGCAUAAACUCAAAUGCCCAGCAAAACAUCCCCCCGGUGAUGAAAUUUACCGUGAUGAUUCCAUUUCAAUCUUCGAGGUUGACGGACGGAAAAGUCCAGUUUACUGCCAGAAUCUAUGUCUGCUUGCCAAGCUCUUCUUGGGAUCCAAGACACUCUACUACGACGUUGAGCCUUUUCUAUUUUACGUUAUGACUGAAUACGAUGAAUGGGGCUGCCAUUUUGUCGGCUAUUUCAGCAAAGAGAAAAGGCCCAGUUCGGCGAAUAACGUCUCCUGUAUUCUAACACUUCCGAUCCACCAACGGAAGGGCUACGGGAAUCUUCUCAUUGAUUUUUCUUACCUACUUACUCGUAUUGAGGGCAAGACCGGGUCACCCGAAAAACCCCUGUCGGACAUGGGUUUGGUAUCAUAUCGCAACUACUGGCGGCUCGUUCUGUCUUAUCAGCUGCGGAACCAAAAAACUCCACUCAGUAUUGCUGAGCUCUCAGAGCGUACAGGGAUGACAGCAGAUGACAUCGUUUCUGGCCUAGAAGGUUUGCGCGCGCUCGUGAGAGAUCCAGUCACGAAAACGUACGCAUUGCGCCUCAACUACGCUUAUUUUAAGGAAUGCAUCGACAAUUGGGAGAGCAAAGGAUACGUCAAACUCAACCCGGAUGCGCUGGUCUGGACGCCGUACAUAAUGGGGCGAGGAAACCAAUUGCAGCUCGACAGGGCCCCAAUACAUGCCGUUGCACAGCGGGAAGAGCUAGAGAAAGAAGAAGCGGGUGAGGGCAAGGAACUGAGGAUUGGGGAAUCCCGGCCCUUGUCUGUAGAGCAAGUCGAAUCGAAAGAAAAUGUGGGGGACACCUUCCCGGCAGCGAAUGGAACCUCGAUCCUCCAGACCAGCGAGCCUGUCCUAUCCGAUGCAAAUGAGUUCCACGUUUCGGGCAUCCUUGAAGGCUCUGGCAUACCUGUUAUAAACCCAGCUGCCGGAAUACCGCCUACGCGAUUCGAAAUUUGGCCGCCGAUCCAGGGGCCCGUCCCCCCUAAAAGGCGUCCUGGACGUCCAUUUGGCGCCCGAUCUUCGAAUCGAAGUUAUUUCUCUCCUUCUGGAUCUCGGGCGGGCGGUCGCUCUACUCCCCGGAGAGGAACAGCCUUAACGGUAGCGACUAGCACACCAAACGUUGCCAGCGUCAGGCGUGGAAGGAGUUCAAAGUUGCUAGGGUCUCCUGCGGCCGAAUCGGGUGGUGUGAAGAGUAAUGGGUUAAGCGGCGAAGAACAGGUCGUGGAGAAUGCUAUUACGGAUGCUGAGAAUGAGGAUGGGCGCGACAGGCAAAAUACGCAGGAUCCGGGUCUCGAUACCAACACGACGACCGAAGCGAAAGGACAGAGCCUCGGCUUGACCAAAAACAAUGGGCGACAUACCGACAGCAACUGGGGGCGAGGCGAAAGCCUUCAACGCGAAGGGGAGGGCUCCCUGGAAGAAGACCAAGACAAGGAGAUUGACAACAACAUCAAUCCUGCUGACGGGAUAAACGUUACUACUCCUGACCGGCCCAUUGUGGCAAAUGGUCGAAGAUCGGAGACCCGAGCCCAACUCUCCAGGUCGGUGAAAAAGAAGACGGCCAUUGUGGAGAAGAUCCAAGUUGUCAUUCCGGCUGAGGAGAAUGGGAUUCUCCCUGAGAAGAGACAUGACAUGGAUGCAGACGCGGACCUGCACAUGAAUAGUGACAAAACACAGAUCCAGGCGGAUGGAAAUACGGUAAUGGCGGAGACAUAGGACGGGGGUCUCUCCGAGGAUGAGACCCAGGAUUGACACAUGGAGUACGGGACAUUUAUUCAUGUUGUUCUUAUUCUUACUGCUCAGGGCCGUGGUUGUUUCCUAUUUUUACCUUGUGCCUUAUUUGUUUCUCUUUCGCAGGGAGUUUCCGGGCUAGGGAUGGUAAUGUCAGUUAUGUUUACGACUUUUGGACUUGGGGCGUUGUUGUUGCUGUUGUCUGCAGCUGUGUACCAGCAAGCGUUUAUAGUGAGGAAUGGAGCCUGUUGACGGAGUUGAAACUUGACAGUAGUAGAGUAGAUGAGAG